AUGGAUCCGUUUCAAAUGGCCCACUCGAGCCCUCGGAAGAAGAGACCCAGGCAGAUGAGUACCUCAAUGGCCUCCCCUCCUCAUGACAUCAAGUUCCGAGAUUUGGUCCUCUUCAUUUUGGAGAAGAAAAUGGGAACCACCCGCAGAGCCUUCCUCAUGGAGCUGGCCCGAAGGAAAGGAUUCAGGGUUGAAAAUGAGCUCAGUGAUUCCGUCACCCACAUUGUGGCAGAAAACAACUCUGGUUCAGAUGUCCUGGAGUGGCUUCAGGUACAGAACAUAAAAGCCGGCUCACAGCCAGAACUCCUGGAUGUCUCCUGGCUGAUAGAAUGUAUGAGGGCAGGAAAACCGGUGGAGAUGACAGGAAAACACCAGCUUGUUGUGAGAAGAGAUGAUUCAGCUGGCCCCAACCCGGGCCCCCAGGAGACUCCACCGCUCGUGAAAAAGAUCUCUCCAUACGCGUGUCAGAGAAGAACCACCUUAGACAACUGUAACCACGUGUUCACGGAUGCCUUUGAUGUAUUGGCUGAAAAUUAUGAGUUUAGAGAAAAUGAAAGCUCCUGUCUGACAUUUAUGAGAGCAGCUUCUGUUCUUAAAUCUCUGCCAUUCACAAUCAUCAGUAUGAAGGACAUAGAAGGAAUUCCCUGCCUGGAGGACAAAGCGAAGUGUGUCAUAGAGGAAAUUAUUGAAGAUGGAGAAAGUUCCGAAGUUAAAACUGUGUUAAAUGAUGAACGGUAUCAGUCCUUCAAACUCUUUACUUCUGUGUUUGGAGUGGGAUUGAAGACGUCUGAGAAAUGGUUCAGAAUGGGUUUCAGAACUCUGAGUAAGAUAAGGUCGGACAAAACCCUGAAAUUCACAAAAAUGCAGAAAGCAGGAUUCCUCUAUUAUGAAGACCUCGUCAGCUGUGUGACCAGAGCAGAAGCAGAGGCGGUCAGCGUGCUGGUUAAAGAGGCCGUUUGGGCGUUUCUGCCUGAUGCCUUUGUCACCAUGACGGGAGGAUUCCGGAGGGGUAAGAAGAUUGGGCACGAUGUAGAUUUUUUAAUUACCAGUCCAGGAUCAACAGAGGAAGAAGAGCAAGAACUUUUAUCUAAAGUGAUAAACUUAUGGGAAAGGAAGGAAUUACUUUUAUACUACGACCUCGUGGAGUCGACAUUUGAAAAGUCCAAGUUGCCUAGCAGGAAAGUGGAUGCUUUAGACCAUUUUCAAAAAUGCUUCCUGAUUUUAAAAUUGCACCAUCAGCGAGUGGACAGUGGCAAGUCCAGCCAGCAGGAAGGGAAGACCUGGAAGGCCAUCCGUGUGGACCUGGUCGUGUGCCCCUAUGAGAACCACGCCUUCGCCCUGCUGGGCUGGACCGGCUCCCGAUUUGAGAGAGACCUCCGGCGCUAUGCCACGCACGAGCGGAAGAUGAUACUGGAUAAUCACGCCUUGUAUGACAAGACCAAGAGGAUAUUUCUCAAAGCAGAAAGUGAAGAAGAAAUUUUUGCACAUCUGGGAUUGGAUUACAUUGAACCAUGGGAAAGAAAUGCCUAG